UGUAGCUUUACGUAGGUACCCGCCUAGCACAGACAACCAUUGAUUUUUUAUGCCUGAAACUUAGGCCCUAGCUCCCUUCAUCAUCUUUUCCUUUUCAACGUUCUAGGAUUAACACUGAACUCUUUCCUAGAAUUGUUAGAAUGUAGAUAUUUCGUCCGAGCACCAGCUUGGAGCUGUCUUACGAUCUUUUAUCUUGGAUCUAGCAUCUCAAUUAUAAUACCGAUAUCAUUCAACAUGGCAUCUCCAACUAGACCAGCCUCGUCUACAUCCGUAUCGCGAUCUGCCUCUCAUCAUGUCGACAUUAGCUCUAUGCAAUCAGUCCCCGUCGAGACCCUUGUGCAGUAUCUUCUCGAUGCCAAGCGCUCACUUUCUUCCAUGGGCCUCGUCUGGCGCGCCAACGAGCUCGUCCACUCGGCGCGGCAAGCUCACGAAGAAUCCGUCAUUCUCGCCGCGCAGUCGCAGUUCAUUCACCAGGGCAUUAACGAACAAGUACGCCUUCUACAACGCCUACGACGAGGCAUGAAUCGAACAUACGACAACGGAAAGCGGGAAUUCAAGCAGAUUAUCAAGACAUUAGAUGCCGCUAAUGGCCGACUUGUAGACACUAUGAAAGUCUUGCGAGAUCGGAUAGUAGAUAGUACAUUCAGGCCGAAGGGUGAGGAGAAAAAGAGCUUGUUAGACUUCGUGGAUGAGUCGCAAGUCGAUGCGAUGAGGGACGCCCUAAAGGAAAAUAUACAGUCCUUACAGAAUACACAGAAAUCAUUCGACGGCGAUCUAUUACGUUUCGAUACCGAUAUGCGAUUACUCCAGAAGACCAUGCCGGCCUCGCUAUCUCUCCCAUCCCCGUCUGCUUCUACAGAGCAAAUUGUACCCCGAUACCUAGCCUCUAUGGUCGAACACUCACAUAACAUGGCCGAACUCCUCUCAUCCUUGACGAAACAUUUCGAUUUAUGUGUGACUGCAGUAAGAACAACAGAAGGUGGGGCAGCCUUAGCUAGGAUCAAAGCUGCCGAAGUCACGAACUCCCAAGGAGGAGAGGAUAUGUCGAUAUCCGGCGUUAUAGCGGAGCAAGAAUCUCAUAUGCCAGGCUAUGACCCGAUCUCGGCUGAAGAUCGCAUCCAGAUGCUCCAAGUUGUCGUCCAAGACGCUUCAGAGGUAGAGGACGUAAUUCGGGAGCUCAACAUCCGCCUACAGUCUAUGGAGGCGGACUUCACCAUAGUCGAUGAGCAAACAAACCUGGUUAAGAAGACAUACAUUUCAACAGUCGAGGCGUUUGGGGUAUUAGAAGAUAUCGGAUCCCGACUCCAGAGCUAUAUCUCAGCCGAAUCAGAAUUCCGCGAAAGAUGGAAUGACGAGCAACAAGCGAUAGAAGACAGGUUGGAUGAAAUGGACCAGUUGCGAAUAUUCUACGAGAACUACUCGAAUUCAUACGAUGGGCUCAUACUUGAGCUUGAGAGACGAAAGUCGUUGGACGAUAAGGUGUUGAGUAUAUGGAAGAAAGCGAAGGAAAGCGUUGACAAGAUCAUCGAGGGAGAUCGCAAGGAAAGGGAGAGGUUCCGGAGCGAAGUUGCAGAAUAUUUACCCACCGAUCUCUGGCCAGGUAUGGACGAUGCUAUGGUAAGAUGGGAAGUUGUGCCUGUUAGGGAAGAUAGGCCUACGAAUACACCAACUCUCGAGAGAAGUGUUGUCGAAGCCACACAGACAAGAGCUGGGCGAAACUCAGAUGAAUGAUGAUCAUAUCGUAGGUAGUUUGUUUUUUCUAGGUGUUUGGGGCUUUUCGGGGUAUGGUCAGGAUUUGACGGAAUUGCAUCUAGGAGCAAGGUUUCUUGGGCGGCGUUGGGGGCAAUUUACUUAUUUUUACCUACUACGAAAUUCCACUUUCCAUAGCCGCGGUAGGCAAUACUGAUUUUUCAAUGUGGAUUUUCUUGAAUUCAU